AUGGUUCUAUUAUGCGAACUUGAUGGUCGAAGGAUUAGAGUGAGUGUCGCCCAAGAGAGGCCCCGCCCAUCAUUUGGUGGCAGUUAUGGCGGCCCUGGUGGCGGUGGCAGAUAUGAAGGAAAUGGUGGUUACAAUGGUGGUGGAUAUGGUGGUGGCAGCAGUAAUAUAGGCGGGUAUGGUGGUGGGAAUCAAAAUGCUGGUGGCGGGAAUGAUCUUUUCAGCGGGGUUUUAGGUGGCGGUGGCGGUGAUACGGGAGUGUCACCUGGCGGCAAUGAAGGUGGUGGUGAUGAGAAUAUGAACCAUUUUGGUGAGGAUGAUGUAGAGGAGAAUGAUGAUGAUUAUGCCAAUACUUGUAACAAGUGA